AUGCCCGGAAGUAGUGUUGGAACAACUUCUCUGGAUAUGAUGGCGCAGCGUGCACCUAGUGCGCUAAAAAGCCAAGAAGUCAGCACCACCACUUAUCCUCAACAACGGUAUGAGCAACAGCUAGAACACGAAGCAAAAGCAAUUAUAAACGAUAAGCCGGAGACGCUGAAUGUCAGCACAUCUGAAGAAACCGACAAAACGCAUCUUUCUAGAGGCCGUGAGAAGAAGCGUGACGACGAGAAGCCAACUGGGAAACGUGAUCGUUCGUUUUUCAGCGAGCUACGCAAACGGUUGAGCGGUCGAAAAAGUGCCAAAAGGCGCGCAAAGAGUUUUGAUACUGGAACUGGUGAACUGGAGGAAGCCGUUUCACUGCCUCCCUCUCGUGAUCAAUCGAGGACACGGUUUUCGGGUAAAUUACCUUUCUUCUUCAACAACUACACUAUUUUCUGUUAUUAA